CACAGUGUCCUCCAAUGACCUCAUAUCCUGUUUUCCCCACUUCCUUCUGAAUGGACCGGUUUGGGACGGUCCGGUCAGCGCGCAGCGUGCUUCUUCUCCGGAGUGUGGGCGCGUGUCCUCGGACGCAUGUCGCGAGAUCGUCGGUGUUAACGGGUCUGCAGAGGAGCACGAUCACAAACUUUUAAUGCACGGACCAUUUUAACCAGUUAUUCAAUCUUGACUAUGCGACGUGUGAUGUACUGACAGCAGAGAAGGGGCCGUCGGUAAGUCGUUAAACGCGUGAAUGUGUGCUGAUUUCCACGGUGUCGACAGCAAGUUUGGAAAGGAGUGCGUAAGUAUGUGAGAAGUGAUACAAACUGCCAAUGAUGGUGAUUAUGUGGUGCUUACAGAUCCAGUGUGCAAAUCAGUCUGAACUGGAGGUUGUGUUGCCUCUUUAACUACUUAAUAACAGUAUUAGGUUCAGUCUAUAGUGUGCACCUUCUUGGACUUUGUUUUAUUGUUUUACAACUUUGUGUUUGGUUCAUUUAAACACAAUAAACCACUGAUUGUAUAAGUACUUGCACUCUAAAGUUAAGAGGCACCCUUUGCAUCAGUUACAGCUGUGACUUGAGUCUACGUGGAUAGAUUUGAACAUCUGGAUUUCCCUCCUCAGUCCUUCUGUCAAACUUCUGCAUAAAAUGCUGUCAAUUUACAAUGAGGCUUGAAGAGAAAAACUUAAAUUCCUGCCACAAAUCCUGGAUUGGAUUGAAACAUGGACUCUCCUCUUGCUGUUCUUGGACUUAGUUGUUUUGAAGCCAGUCUCGUGUAGCUUUAAGUUUUAUGUUUGGCUUCUUUGUCCUGCUGGAAAAAUAAAUCUUAUCCAAAGUCCUGGCUCACUUUCAGACUGCAGCAGGGUUCCAAACAGAGUUUCUUCGUUGUUGUUUUUUUUUGUUGCAUUUAUGUGACUGUCUCACCUCCUGAAGUCCUUCCACGACCUGCUGCAGUGAAGCAUCCUCACAGUGUGACGCUGGCCUCCACCAGCCGUCAUGUUUGGAGUUGUUGCACUUCUGACAGAAUGAAGACAAAAGAGGUGAAGAUUAUAAACCAGGGCCUGGAGGAUGAGAUGGAGGUGUGGGGGUAUCAGCCCUGUCUGUGGAAGAGGAUCCUGGUGGGUGUAGGUGCUGUGUGCUCCGGGGGUCUCCUGUUGCUGUUGCUCUACUGGCUGCCUGAGUGGGGUGUCAAAAGCACCUGCACACACACCUCGCUGAGGAAUGCACACACACUGCUGCUCAGGACCACGGAUGAGUUCAAGCAGUGGUUUCGAGCCAAAGUACAUGUGAUGUCGGCUCCAGGGAGGAAACCCUUCGACAGCUUGGAUCCACAGCCCACGGCUCAGCUGCCAAAUGGUGACGGAGAACACGGCAUCAGUGAGGGGCAUCAUGGGAAAUUUGCCCAUAGAGAGCCUGUUCAGAUCCACUGCUUCACCCACCACAGCACUAAAUACUACUGGAAUGAUUUGAUACAGAACUUUGAAUUUUAUAAAGGCUUGGAGGAUGUGAAGGUGAGCUGUGCAAGCAUCCACUCUGACCACAGCUCUGGACUGUCUAAAACACUGCAGGACUACAGGACAUUGUUUUUUGGGGAGAAUGAGAUCGCUGUCAUUGUGCCCUCUCUGUUCAAGCUCCUCAUAAAGGAAGUCUUGAAUCCUUUCUACAUCUUCCAGCUCUUCAGUGUUAUUCUGUGGAGUGCUGAGGAUUACUACUAUUACGCCACAGCCAUAGUUAUAAUGUCCGCCAUUUCAAUAGCUACCUCACUGUAUACUGUUAAAAAGCAAUAUGUGAUGCUGCAUGACAUGGUGGCAGCACACAGCGUGGUCCGUGUUUCGGUGUGUAGAGGAAAUAAAGAUAUUGAACACGCCAUGUCAACAGAGCUUGUGCCCGGUGAUGUCAUCGUUAUUCCAGCCAAUGGGAUGAUCAUGCCGUGCGACGCUGCGCUCAUCCAUGGAACCUGCAUCGUAAACGAGAGCAUGCUGACAGGAGAGAGUGUGCCAGUUACAAAGACCAGUCUGCCCAGUUCAGGUGAGGAGGCAGCCAUGAGCUACGACAUGGAGGAGCACAAGAGACACACCCUGUUCUGUGGUACUCAGGUUAUCCAGACCCGCUUCUACGCCGGAGAACUUGUGAAGGCUGUUGUCAUCAGAACAGGCUUCAGUACAGAGAAAGGACAACUUGUGCGCUCCAUCCUCUACCCUAAACCCACAGACUUCAAGCUGUACCGCGAUGCUUACCUGUUCUUGUUGUGUCUGGUGGGGGUGGCAGGGAUCGGCUUCAUCUACACCAUUGUCCUCAGUGUCAUGAACAAGGUUCCUGCUAAAACCAUAAUCAUUGAAUCUCUGGACAUUGUCACCAUCACUGUGCCCCCGGCCCUACCAGCGGCCAUGACAGCUGGUAUUGUUUAUGCGCAGCGGCGUCUGAAGCGUGUCGGCAUCUUUUGCAUCAGUCCUCAGAGGAUCAACAUGUGUGGUCAGCUUAACCUGGUCUGCUUUGACAAGACUGGUACUCUGACUGAGGAUGGUUUGGACCUGUGGGGUAUUCAGAGAGCUGAAGGUGGAAGCUUUUCCCCUCCAGAGUCUGAUGCAGCUAAAGAAAGUCUGGUUGACUCUCCAUUUGUGGCCUGCAUGGCGACCUGCCACUCACUGACCAAGAUAGAGGGCGAGCUCUCUGGAGACCCUUUAGACCUCAAGAUGUUCAGCGGUACAGGUUGGAUCCUAGAGGAGCCCACAGAGGAAGAGACUGCGCUUCACAAUCCCAUAAUGCCCACAGUUGUGCGACCUCCAAAGCACGCCGUCCCUGAAGCCAAUCAGAACAACCCACUGACUCAGAACAUGGAUCUGUCUGAGUUAUCAUCAUGCGAGAUUGGUAUUGUGCGGCAGUUCCCCUUCUCCUCGGCCCUGCAGAGGAUGAGUGUGGUGGUCAGGAAGCUGGGGGAAAAACACAUGGACGCUUAUUUGAAAGGAGCACCGGAGGUUGUGGCCAGCCUCUGCAAACAGCACACAGUCCCACAGAGUUUCACAGAGACUUUGGAGACCUACACCAGGCAGGGCUUCAGGGUUAUUGCCCUGGCACAUCGACAGCUGGAGUCCAAACUCUCCUGGCACAAAGUCCAGAACCUCAGCAGGGACCUGAUUGAAACCAACAUGGAGUUCCUUGGUUUGAUCAUCAUGCAGAACAAAAUAAAAGAGGAGACAGCCGGGGUUUUAUGUGAAUUACGACAAGCUGACAUUCGUACAUUGAUGGUCACAGGCGACAACAUGUUGACGGCGAUAUCAGUGGCACGAGAUUGUGGUAUGGUCCGUGCACACGAGAGGGUGAUUAUCGCAGAUGCUGUGCCUCCUAAGGAUUUCCACCCUGCUAGCAUCACGUGGCGUUACACUGAAAACCCCGCUCAGACUAUCAAGGACAAUCAGACUGUGGAGAUAAACCUGGAGGAGGAGGAGGAGGAGGAGGAGGAGGAGGCGUACGACAAGCAGGUUACACAGCAGGAACAAAGCUAUCACUUCGCUGUGAAUGGCAAAACCUUCGCUGUCAUCACUGAGCACUUCCCUCAACUCAUCCAAAAGCUCGUGCUGAGAGCCACUGUGUUUGCCCGCAUGGCUCCAGACCAGAAGACUCAGCUGGUGGAAAUCCUCCAGAGCAUCGACUACACUGUUGGAAUGUGCGGUGACGGUGCUAAUGACUGUGGAGCUUUGAAGAGAGCUCACAGUGGGAUCUCUCUGUCAGAGCUGGAGGCCUCUGUUGCUUCACCUUUCACCUCCUCCACUUCAAACAUUUCCUGUGUCCCCAACCUCAUCAGGGAGGGCCGAGCUGCCCUCAUUACAUCAUUCUGCGUGUUCAAGUUCAUGGCUCUCUACAGCAUCAUCCAGUACCUCAGUGUCACGCUGCUCUACUCGAUUCUCAGCAACUUGGGAGACUUCCAGUUCCUCUUCAUCGACAUCGCCAUCAUUCUCAUCAUUGCUUUUACAAUGAGUCUGAACCCAUCGUGGAAGGAGCUGGUGAGGCGUCGUCCUCCGUCCAGUCUGAUCUCCGGCCCGCUGCUCUGCUCAGUUCUGACACAGAUCCUCACCUGCUUGGUGUUCCAGGUCCUGGCUUUCCUCUUAGUCCGACAGCAGAGCUGGUACGAGACGUGGACGCCGCAGUCUGACGCCUGUAAUGUCUCCAGCUCCAGUCCCUCUCACAGCCUGAACGUAACAAGCCCUCACGACCACAAAAACAUCAGGAACUACGAGAACACGACCCUCUUCUACGUCUCCUCCUUCCAGUAUUUGGCUGUGGCCAUCGUAUUCUCCAAAGGAAAACCGUUCAGACAACCAAGCUACAAGAACUGGCCGUUCAUGCUGUCCUGCAUUUGUCUGUAUAUUUUUCUCCUCCUCAUCAUGCUGUAUCCUGUUCCUGCCAUCGACAGCUUCCUGGAGAUCGUGUGUGUUCCCCACGACUGGCGCGUUACGUUGGUCAUCAUUGUCUUCGUGAAUGCGGCUGUGUCUUUCAUGUUGGAGAUUUUGAUCCUUGACAUCAUCUUGUGGAGACUAGUUUUCAGAGGCAAUCAAGGGCUAAAUCGCCCCACAGAGUGCCCUUCUGCUUCUGCUGACGCACCUCAGGAGGCCAACAACCACUGGGGCUCUUCCUUCCUCUCCUGGCUGUUCUGUCAGAAAAACAAGCCCCCAAGUGUUCGCUACAUGCACCUGGCCCUGAAGCUGCAGGAUGACGCCGACUGGCCCCCCAGACCCUCCACUGUCACCUACGCAAGCGAACCACAAUCCCACAUGUCGAACCCCCUCUGACACCAACAAGCAAACUACUGCACAGACUAAAACUCCCAACAAAUCUGAAUGUUGACUUAGCCUGGGUUGAACUCAGAGAUGUGACAGAUGCCUGGAUGAUAUUGCUGCUGGAUACCAGAGACCAAUCUGGGAGCCUCGUAAAGCCUCCUAUUACAACAACUGACUGACACUGUGAACUGCUCAGACAUUAAGUAUUUUGAUUUACCUCCACAAACACGCUGCACGUGGAUUUUAACUGUACUGUCCUGUCACAUAGCUGAAACUUGAGCCAGAGGUUCAAAAGAAUAAAAUACGCUUGUUUGCUUUCUUGCCAAGAGUUAGAUGAAAAGAUUGAUACCAUCAUAUCUGUAUGGUAUGGUAAGUCUGAAGGUAGUGACAGCUUAGCACAAAGACUGAAAACAGGAGAAAACAAAACGCUGGCUUGGUUCUGUCCAAAAAAAAUCAUUUGAAUUUUAUUUUGGUUGUAAAUGUGUAAAACAACACGUGAUGACAGCGCUCCAUGCUAGCUGUUUUCCCCUGUUUCCAGUCUAAGCUUAGCUUCGUAUUUACCAUACAAAGAGUGGCAUCUUCUCAUGAAACUCUCAGCAAGAAAACCAAUGAGAAUAUUUCCGAAAAUGUGAAAACAUUCCUUUAAGAUGACUUGAUGUCUGAACAAAAACAACUUUUUUUAUACAGGUUUUACUGUCUGACUCAUAUUUGAAAAAUCUGAACCGAGUGAGUUGCAUUUCUUUUGUAGACUCUUCAUCCACACUCAGUAUUCAGCUGAUGUUUAGCUCGAAGCACCGGCUGAAUUUUUCCACUUCACUGUGAAUGAAAAGACUAUGUCCUUCAUUAAAAUUAGCUGCUGCUAAAAUCAAAAAAUUGUAAAGCGUCAUGAGGUCACAUGGAUUCAGAGGGACACGAGUGCCUUUGUUUGUUUGCAAUUUUCAGAACGUAACUGGUACUGUUGUAUUUCUAAGACAGAAAACUUUCCACUGCUGCAUUUCUGUUGCUUCGGUUGAGAUUCUUCCCGUGGAAGAGAGAGGCACAAAUUUAGUCCUGUGUCCUUUUUUUUAAAUUUUAUUUUAUUGCCAGUACCACCAUGUGUGGAUGUGUGGGUUGGUGUGUGUGUGGGGUUGUGUGUAUGAGAGAGGGAGAGUUCGUCAUUAGGAGAAUCAAAGUUAACCAUUUCCCGUGUCCCUUGAAUGCACCAUGAAACCUUUACAUUUCAUGCUCUUUUUCUUAAAACUUUCUUUUUGAAUUGAAAAGUAAUAACAUCAAUAAGGUACUGUACACAAUGGAUGUUUUAAUUAAUUAAUUAAAGCAAUUAAAGUAAUCAAAGAAUCAAUAAGACAUUUGCUGCUGUAUGAGGUUUUUAACAGUUGAUUUUAACCUUUGAUUGUUUAUAAUAUUUUUCUAGAACUGUUUUCAGAUGUAUCCGUAUUUUUCUAGUUAGAGUUAAAAAUGAAACGUGAAAAAUGUAAGAAUUAGUCAUCUAAAUCUUUAUCACUAUUAAAAAAAGAUUUAAGGGAAUAUGUUUUAAAAUUGUAAUACACUAUUUGUACUUAUUUCUGUAGUAUGACAACAGUGUUUCAGUGUCUGUCAACAAAUAUCCCUGUUUGCUCUGCAGAACUCCCAUUACAUUUCUCAAUAAAUCUGUAUAUUAAGCCA